AUGGCCCAAAUGAAAGCCAACGACCGUCCCCGCUACCCGGCAGGCGUGCCCGGCAAAUUCAGCUCCGAUGGGACUCUUCAACAUUGGGCGGGAGACACAAUCAUCUGUCACAUCCCGCCAUCAAGUCCUGUCUAUCACUCGAUAGAGGCCGUCAUCGAAGAAUUGUCGUCAUGCAAAACGUCGUCCAUCAUUGCGCCCCUUCCGGCUACCAGCUUGCAUAUGACAAUAUUCGAGGGCGUCAGUGAUCAGGUCCGUAGACCGGGUUAUUGGCCUUCUGACCUCGCCCUUGAUGCCACUCAGGAAAUAUGCAAUGAGCACUUUGAGAAGAAACUUCGAAAGUUUACCCUAGGCCCCGAGGCUACAGCGCCAUACAGAGUGGUGGUGAAAGGAAUUGAUAUACUUGAUGUUGGGGUUGCGGUGCGACUCGAUGGCAUUACACCAGCAGAAGUGGAACGCUUGAGGGCUCUAAGGGAUCGGCUUGCCGAUGAGCUUAAGAUUCGGCAUCCGAUACACGACGAAUAUGGUUUCCACAUUAGCAUGGUGUAUUUCCUCCGACAUCCAAACGACGAGCAGAAACAAGAUAUGGAAUCCAUUCUCAAGCGCCACUUCGAAAAGAUGGCAAAAGAGGUUGAGCUUGGACCACCGGAGUUCUGUCUGUUUGCCAACAUGCAUGCGUUCGAUCCGGUCUUCUAUCUCAGUUAA